AUGGAGCUAUCUCAAGAAGAAAGGCAAGAAGCAGCCCAUAUGUUAAAUUCAGGUAAUGUAGACCCAUCAAUAAUGGGUGAUCCUGAUAUUGGUUUUUUUACAAAUAAAAAUGGUCUACGAAUAAAGACAUUAAGGUGGCUUGUUAAGGCACCGAUAGGUGCAGUAGUUUUAGUGCACUCUUUAAAUUCACAUUGUCGAUUUGAUUAUUUAAAACACAAUGCUAUCAUAUUAAAUAAUGAUAAAGCUGUUUUAAAUGAUGGAGAUAAUUAUUAUGUCCAUAAAGAUAGCUGGAUAGAAGAAUUAAACAAAAAUGGAUAUUCUGUUUAUGGUCUUGAUUUACAAGGGCAUGGUGAAUCAGAAUCUUUAAAUAACGUAAAAACACACAUUAAUAGAUUUGAUGAUUUUUCUGAUGAUAUGCUUCAGUAUUUAAAUAUUAUACAUGAUUCUAUUGUUAACGAAUUUGAUAAGAAUUAUCAAGAAAAUGAUAAUGAUAGUGAUACAAAUAAAAUAAAACCAAGAAAAAGAUGUACUAAAUGUGAUUUGAUUCUAAAAGAUGAAUUUGACAUAUGCUGUAUUAAAGAUGAAGAAAUUAUAAAGAGAGGAUUACGAUUACGAAAUCCAGAAAAAAAUCAAUAUAAAAGACCUGAUUAUAAUAUAGAUGCAUAUAAAACACCCAUACCUAUAUAUUUAGUUGGGUUAUCAAUGGGAGGAAAUAUAGUUUUAAGAGUAUUAGAAUUAUUGUCACAAAAAAAAUACAAUUUUUAUAAUCGAAUAAAUAUAAAAGGUGUUUGUUCAUUAUCUGGAAUGGUAUCAGUUAAUCAGCUAAAAAAAAAAGCUGCAUGGAAAUAUUUUUAUAUACCUACUGUUGGCUUAGUAUCCCAUUUAUUUCCAAAAUCAAGAUUUAUGCCAAGUUUACCAUGUGAAUCUUUUCCAUUUUUAAAUGAUUUGUAUGCUUAUGAUAAAAUAUUUUAUCACAAACCUAUUACUAAUAAAUUUGCUUAUAAAUUAUUGGAAGCUGUUGAAAAUUUAAAUAAAGAUAUAAACAAGAUCACAGAUGAUGUGCCCAUACUUUUUAUUCACUCUGUUAAUGAUCAAAAAUGUUGUUAUGAUGAUGUUCAGGACUUUUAUAAUAAUUUGAAAUCGAUCAAUAAAGAAUUCCAUGUUUUAGAAGAUAUGGAACAUAUGAUUACAAUAGAACCAGGAAAUGAUAAAAUUGUCAAAAAAAUUAUAGAUUGGAUAUCAAGUAUAGAAAAUGAACCAAAAGAAAAAAAAAAAACUAAAAAAAAAGCUAAAAAAAAGAAUAAGCAAAAUCUCAGAUCUACUGUUAAGAAGCAACAAGCUACAAAUGAGUCUUGUGCAUCGACAGAUGCUGGUGUUCCAACCGAUUACUCAAAUGGCACAACCGUACAAGGUCAAGAUGUGCAAGAACAAGAUGUGCAAGAACAAGAUGUGCAAGAACAAGAUGUGCAAGAACAAGAUGUGCUAGAAGAAGAUGUACAAUAUCAAGAUGUGCAAGAGCAAGAUGUGCAAUAUCAAGAUGUGCAAGAACAAGAUUUGCAAUAUCAAGAUGUGCAAGAACAAGAUGUGCAAGAACAAGAUGUGCAAUAUCAAGAUGUGCAAUAUCAAGAUGUGCAAGAGCAAGAUGUGCAAGAGCAAGAUGUGCAAGAGCAAGAUGUACAAGAACAAGAUGUACAAGAACAAGAUGUACAAGAACAAGAUGUGCAAGAGCAAGAUGUACAAGAGCAAGCUAUGGUAGACGGUGCAGCAAGCGAAGUUGCAUAA